AUGUCAGAUCGCGAGGACAGCGUCGAGGGCGAGCCCCCUUCGAUUGACCCGUACGAGGUCCUCGGACUAGAGCGCACCGCCACGGCCGACGACGUCAAGAAGGCUUAUCGAAAAGCUGCGCUCAAGCACCAUCCAGACAAGGUUGCCGAUUCCGAGCGCUUUAAGGCGCACGAGACCUUCCAAGCCGUCGCCUUCGCCUACGCUGUGCUGUCCGACCCCGCCCGGCGGAAGCGCUACGACGCGACCGGCUCCACGGCCGAGUCCAUCGUCGACGCGGACGGCUUCGACUGGAGCGACUUUUACCGCGAGCAGUUCCGGGACGCCGUCUCGGGCGAUGCCAUCGAGCGCUUCGCGCGCGCCUACCGGGGCUCCGACGAGGAGCGUGACGACGUGCUGGCCGCGUACGAGCGGUGCGCCGGCGACAUGGACGCCCUCUUCGAGCACGUCGUCCUGAGCCGCGUCAUCGACGACGAGGAACGCUUCCGCGCAAUCAUCGACCGCGCCGUCGCCGACGGGGACGUGUCCGAGUUCAAGGCGUACGCGAAGGAGCCGAGGCUGAAGCGCGCCGCAAGGUUGAAGCGCGCCCGCGCGGAGGCGGCGGAGGCGGAGGACUACGCGAAGGAGUUGGGCGUGCACGAGGAGAUAUUCGGUGGCGGUGCGAAAAAGGGUGAGAAGAAGGGCGGCAAGGGCGGCAAGGGUGGUGGCUCGGAGGAUGCCCUGGCGGCGCUGAUUCAGCGGAGGCAGCAGGACCGCUCGGAGAGCUUCUUUGACCACCUCGAGGCCAAGUACGGAGCGCCGGGCAAGGGCAAGAAGGGGAAGAAGAGGGUGGUGGGGGAGGAGCCGUCUGAGGAGGCUUUCCAGGCGGCUGCCGCCAAACUGAAGAAUGGCUCAAAGAAGCGUCGUGAAUAG